UAUUAAAUGAGUAAUAACCUGGUUAAUUAAGUAUUGCCAAUAUCAACAAUUUAUUGUGUGUAGUAUCUAUCCAAUUUAUAUUGUGCAUUUGUUUUACAAUCGACAAAUCUGAUUCUACCGAAAAUGAGUAUUGGAGUGUUCUAAUAUUGCAAGGCGAGAGUAUUUUGUAUGUGUCUACACGGAGGUUGCAACUAAUUACUCGAUAUAUUGAUGCAUGAUGAUGUUUGCUCUAAGUGUAGGAACUCUAUAUCUCCCUUUCAGCAUGAGGCUCUAUAACUCAUUAUAUAGAAGACAUCCUUUCCCAUGGUAUUGGCGUGAAUAUGAUAUUUUAAAGUUAUCAAAGCUAAAUCAACCUCUUCCCCCCAAAUUGCUAUAUGAGGUUUCACCUAGACAUGCAAAAUUGACAAUGGCCACAUUGGAACAUAUGGGAGGUACUAAACUCAGACUUGAACAAUUAAAACACCUUGUAGCUAACUUAUUUAGAUUUGAGCGUAUAGAAACUACAUUUAUAAAGGGGGAGGAGUGCAGGGGAUAUGCAGAAAGAUUGAUAAGAGAUGCAAUUGAUUUAGGAGAUAAGCAUAAACCUACUAUGGAAAUGGCAUCUUGGUGGCUGAAGGGAAAUGAAGAUUUAGUACACAAAUUAUUCAAAGUAUUAGCGCCGAGAUAUACGAAUAUUAGAACUUGUGUGACACAAAUAUUUAAACGUUCCAGUCAAACCCAAAGAUUAUGUGUUUUAGAAUUAAGAAACAAUCCACUACCUCCUAUCAAGCCAUUUCAACAUACUUUCAAGUAUACCUUGAGCAAUGUGCUCCUCGAGGAGCUCAGGAAAGAUUUCGAAGAGGCUAAUAUACCCACUAAUAUAAUUGACAAAACUAUGAUCGAAAAAGCCCCAACACCUGAAUCUAAUGACAAAUCUGACCUGAGAGGUGUACCAUUAUACACUAAUGAUCCUAUAUAAACCAAUAGAUUAUCACUAAAAUUUAUAAAGUUGUUACUCUGCAUGUACAUAUAUAGAUUGAAUAUGCAGUCCCAGGACAGAAUGUCCGCCGAUACAUACAUAAAAAAUAUACUAUUUUGAGAUUGAUUUUUAAUUAUUCAUAUAACAUAACUUCAUUUAUUAAUAAUAUAAAAUUACUAUAUUUGGAUGGUUGUUUUUGUGUUCUUAGUUACUUUGUAUAAAUAUAUUUAAAUGUUUUUUUUUACCU